AAAAUGCCAGUAUUCCAUACAAAAGUUAUUGAGUCAAUUUUAGAGCCGGUAGCUCAACAGGUUUCUCGAUUGGUCAUUCUCCAUGAGGAAGCUGAAGAUGGAAGUGCUAUGCCUGACUUGACAAAACCUGUUAGUGCAGUAUCUAGAGCUGUUGAUAAUUUAAUAAAGGUUGGCUAUGAAACCUGUAAUUCAUCAGAUGACAAAAUUCUCAAACAGGAAAUGCCUCCCGCAUUACAACGUGUGGAAGUUAGUUCUAGACUUUUAGAGGAAGCUUGUUAUUUACUUAAGUCUGAUCCAUAUUCAAGUGCAGCACGUAAAAAAUUGAUUGAUGGAGCUAGAGGGAUUUUACAAGGAACUUCUCAACUUUUGCUUUGUUUUGAUGAAUCCGAAGUCCGAAAAAUUGUUCGUAUUUGCCGAAAAGUUCUGGAUUAUCUGGCUGUUGCAGAAGUAAUCGAAUCUAUGGACGAUUUGAAUCAAUUUGUAAAGGAUAUAACCCCGUGGCUUACUCGAAUGGCUAAAGAUGUUGAUGCACGUUCAGCUGAAUUAACACACCAAGUACACAGAGAAAUUCUGGUUCGAUGCACUGAUUCUGUUAAAAUUCUUUCACCAAUUUUGAUAUGUGCAAUGAAGAUUUACAUUCAAAUAAGCGAAGAAAGUCAAAAAGGACUUGGAGAAGCCGCCAGCAACCGUAAUUAUCUUGGACAACGAAUGACUGAUGAAGUUAAUGAAAUUAUUCGAGUUCUUCAAUUGACAGCUUAUGAUGAAGAUGAAUGGGACCAGGACAAUGUUACAGUAAUGAGGAAGGCACUUUCAGCAGCCCAAUCUUUGUUAUCUGCUGCCUGUGAAUGGUUAAGUGAUCCCAAUGGACGUCCUGGCGCUGUUGGAGAAAAGGCUAUUAGACGUAUUUGUGAAUAUGCAGAAAAAAUUGCUGCUCGUUCUCUCCCAGAAGAUCAAUUUACUAUUCGCCAAUUAGUCAAAGAAAUAACUAAUCUUACCGAUUCAAUUUGUGAAUUGCGACAUCAAGGACGAGACAACCAAUCAUAUGCCCAAAGCUGUGCUCAAAAAUUGCGUGAUUUGGUUGGAACAAAAGAAAGUCAAGGAAUGUUGCCUCAUGCAGUCUUUGGUGCCCAACGUACAGACACACAUCCAGCCCACACAACAGGAGGAAAAUUGGAACAGGCACAACGUUGGCUUGAUAAUCCUGGAAUUAAUGAUGGUGGAGCUGGUCUACAAGCGAUUCGAAGUUUACUCGAUGAAGCACGCCGACUUGCAAAUAAACUUCCUCCAGUUGACCGUGAUCGUCUUCUCAAUGUUUGCGCUGAUGUGGAUAAAAUGUCCAAUCAAUUAUCUGAUUUGGAACGUCGUGGUCUAGGCAAUACUCCAGAAGCUAACAAUCUUCGUCAACAAUUGCGUGAAAAACUUCGUGAAUUGGGCGAUUUAAUGAAACGCGUAUUGACUGAUAAAGUUGUGGAAGAUUUUGCAGAUAUUACAACACCAUUAAAAGCUUUUGUUGAAGCUGUUUAUGCUCCUAUGGAUCAACCUUACAGAGAAGAAAACUUUGAAAGUAAAGCAUCCAAUUUGAAAGAUUGUAGUGGUAGAAUGGCAAAUACAGGAUUAUUAGUGGCAAAAUGUGGACCUUGUAAAAACAAGAAGACUGUUGAAGGGUUGAUUGAUGCUUCUAAUAAGGUCAACCAAAUGACACCUCAAAUAAUCAGUGCUGGAAAGAUUCGUUUACACAAUAGCACAGAAAAUGCUGACCGGCACUUUGAAAAUUUGCGUAAAGAAUACGCCGAUGCAUUAAAUCGUCUUCGUGCUUACGUUGACGAUGCUAUAGAUACAGGAGAAUUUGUUAAAGCAAGUGAAGGGGCAAUGAGACGAUAUACAAAUAAAUGUGAGGAUGCUAUAUCUACAAAUGCCCCACAAAAAAUGGUGGAUAAUACAAGUCAAAUAGCCCGUCUCGGUAAUCGUGUAUUAAUGUCAGCAAAAAAUGAAGCUGAUAAUUCUGAAGAUCCGCAAUUUGUUCGAAGAGUUAAUGAUGCUGCUUCGACUUUGCAUUCAGCAAUCCCACCAAUGGUUAACCAAGCUAAACAAGUAGCUAUUAAUCCUCGUGAUCAAGCUAGUGCUUCCCGUUGGCGUGACACUAACGAUCAUUUAUUAGAUUCGGUUCGUGGUGUUGGGGAUGCAAUUACUGGAUUGCCUUCACGUAGAGCUACACCACAACAACAAUAUGCGCCUCCACGAUUCGAAAAUAAUGUUCAUGCUCCACCUCCAUCACAUACUACUGCACCAUUAAAUUCAACUUAUCACCAGCAACAACAACAACAAAAGCCUCCACCACAAUGGCCUAGUGAGCAUAAUGUUUAUGAAAGUCCAAUGCGUGCACCAGGCGAACCAAUAGUUCAUAACAGGUUAAUUGUUCGUGAGGAAGUUCCUGCUCCGCCACGUCCACCACCUCCUGUUGAGAUUAGUCCGGCACCAAGACCUCCACCACCACCAGAAUUAGACGAAGAAGAAGAAACUCGUGCCUUUUGGGAACGUUAUCAUUUACCAGCUGCUCAAUAUCAACCAAUAUUAAGUGCAGCACAUAAUUUACAUCAAGAAUUACGUCAAUGGUCAUCACAUGAAAAUGAUAUUGUUGCUGCUGCUAAAAGAAUGGCUAUUUUAAUGGCUCGACUAUCACAAUUAGUUAGAGGUGAAGGUGGAACAAAAAAAGAUUUGAUUGAUUGUGCUAAAGCUAUUGCUGAUUCUAGUGAAGAAGUUACACGUUUAGCUGUACAAUUGGCUAGGCAAUGUACGGAUAUUAAAAUGAGAACGACAUUGCUUCAAAUUGCUGAGAGAAUUCCAACAAUUGCUACUCAACUUAAAAUUUUGGCGACAGUCAAGGCAACAAUGCUUGGUUCUCAAAUUACAAUUGGGCCAUAUGGAGAACCUGUCGAUGGAACAGAAGAAGAUGAAGAAGCUAUGGAGCAACUAGUCUUAAACGCCCAAAAUUUAAUGCAGUCGGUUAAAGAUACAGUACGUGCUGCUGAAGCAGCUUCAAUUAAAAUUCGAACAAAUACUGGACUUCGGUUGCGUUGGAUAAGGAAACCAAUGUGGUCAAACUUUUAA